AUGUUUUACCUGCUAAGAUUCUGUCUCAUUUCAAUAGUAUUCUGCUCUACUUCAAACACCAGAGUAGCUUAUUCAUCAUCUGAUUCUGAGCAGUGCCAUGAUGAAGAAAGAGUCGCACUGCUUCAAUUAAAAGCUUCCUUCACCCUCGAGUCUGCAUUGGAUAACUGUCCAACUGCCACGGCAAAGACGUCGUCAUGGAACGAUGACGACGACUGUUGUGAAUGGGAAGGUAUUAUAUGCCAUCCCAAUACACACCAUGUCAUUGAGCUUGACCUUAGUUGCAGCAGACUUAGUGGAAUCAUUGAAUCUAAUAGUACCCUCUUCCUUCUCAACCAUCUCAAAAGCCUUAAUCUAGCCUUUAAUGACUUCAGUGAGUCCACAAUUUCACCUCAAUUUGGCAACUUUUCGCAUUUAGAGCAACUUAACCUUUCUAACUCCGGUUUUACUGGAACCAUUCCUAGCCAAAUUGUGCAGCUUACUCAGUUAAAUUCUCUAGAUCUCACCAACAAUUUUCUCAAUCUAGAACCACCAAUAUUCAAAACAAUCAUUGACAACCUAACAAAUCUAAAGCAGCUCCAUCUCAGUAAUGUGAACAUCAAUUCAACUUUGCCCGAGUCAAUUGUGAACCUCACAUCCUUAACAUCACUUAAGCUACACGAGACCAAUUUGAGAGGCGAAUUACCUAUGAAAAUUUUCAACUUACCCCAUUUGAAAAUACUUGAUAUUGGUAACAAUUGGCCUCUUCAAUCAAGCAGCUUGGAAACAUACAAUUGGAGCAGCCCAUUUGAGGUCAUAAAUCUUUACCAGGUUCCUUUCAAGGGGAAACUACCAACCACUCUUAGCCAAUCUCACCAUCUAAGGGAAUUAUCUUUAUCUGGCUGCUUCUUUAAUGGGCCAAUUCCGGCAUGGGUAUGGAAUACCACUGAUCAAAUCGACUUAAGUUCCAAUCGUUUCACAGGUAACCUUCCUUCUUCAAUCAAUGUGAGCAAUCUAUUGAGUCUCUAUUCUCUUAGUCUAGACUUUAAUUUUCUUGAGGGAACUAUACCACCUUGGUUGUUCGCUCUUCCAUCCUUGAAAACUUUAAGCAUUGUCACUAAUCGAUUCACUAGUUUGCCUGGCUUAGUUGAUGUUAAUAAGUACAGUAGUGAAUCAAAGCUGUAUGGGCUGGCUUUGGAGGGUAACAAUUUACAAGGCCGGAUUCCAGAAUGGAUUUCUCAACUUGUAAACCUCGAGUCUUUCGAUAUCUCAUCCAACAACUUGAGUGGCGUGGUGCAGCUUGAGAUGUUUGCUAGUCUCCACAAACUCAACUUAUUAAGCUUAGCAGAUAACAAACUAUCAGUGAAUACAACUGUAAAGUAUGUUAGUCCCACUGCUGUGUGGCCUAACCUUACUUACUUAGGUCUAUCCUCUUGCAACAUAAAUGAGUUCCCUAGUUUCCUUAAACACCAAUCAAACCUUCAAACGUUGUUAUUAUCCAACAACAAUAUUCACGGUGAUGUACCCAAAUGGCUUCAGAAUUUGAAAAUAUCAGACCUGGAUCUUUCACAUAACUCUCUUUCCGGUGGUUUAGAAUAUCUUCCUUGGGAGAAUAUGCAGAGUAUUGACUUCUCCUACAACAUGCUGAGAGGACAACUUCCAUUUUCAAGAGCAGCCAUCAGCAUUCUUUCGUUUUCUGCUUCAAAUAAUAGAUUCACUGGUCACAUCGACAAAACAAUCUGCGACUGGACUUACCUUAAUCUUCUCGAUAUAUCUAACAACAGAUUGGAAGGAGAACUUCCUCAUUGUUUGGGAAACUUCAGCAGUUCGCUUGUCGUGUUGAAUGUAGGGUCGAACAACUUCCAUGGUACUCUACCUGCAUACUGGGGAAUGUGUGAUGGUGAGUAUACGUUGAAAUAUCUUGACUUUAGUGACAACCAAUUGCAAGGGUUGCUACCACGUGUUGAGUAA